AUGACGCACGUCGACCAGUUGCUGGGUGAGUACCUGCGUGUCAUUAACUCCAAGGACGACGAAAUUCUCGAUCUCAUCCGUGGCCUCGAGGAACAUCGUUGUGAACUGAAGAAGCGAGAGGACCUGCACAAGACAGACGUAGUGGGUACACAGAAAGAGCUAGAGAAGUCGCGACGAAACGUAAGGAAGAUGGAACAGCAGCACCGAAAGGAUGAGGAGGAUAUCAACCGGCUUGUUAAUCACAACGAGGACAUGAAGGUGCAGAUUCAUGGCUUUCAGCAAAAGUUAGCGGAAACGGCUAAGGAAGUUGAGCAGAAACAGCAAGAGCACACUCGAGAGCUGGAGGAAGCUGGUCAGCGCCAUGCUGCGGAAGUUCAGUCUCUUCGAGUGGAGCUUGAUGCGCUGAGGGCUGAACAGUCUCAUGUACGACACGAGCGUGAGGCUGCACGUACUGCUAUUGAGGCAGCUGCGCUGCGAGAGCAGCAGCUUCAGGCGAGAGAAGUGGUCAAUGAAGAUCUGAGGAACUCGCUGGCGAGCGUGCGACAGGAGAUGCUGUCUAUGGUUCCAGCGCAACAACAUAGAGAGGUCGUAGCUGAGCUCAAAGAGUCGUUGCGCUCUCUAAAUGAGAAGUCGACCGCAGAGAUAAGGGAUUUGAAGGUGGAGUUGUCAAGGGUGAAGAAGGCUGCUGGCAAAUACGUAAGCUCACUGAGCGAGCUUGAAGCGUCACAAGCGCAGCUCCAGAAGAAGCAGGUGGAGGCCUUGCAAAGGGAGGAGGAAGCACGCCGGCAGCUGGAGGGGGAGCGCGAAUCAAGCAAAAGGCUCUCCGCCUCGCAACAGAAAGAAAUCGAGUUGGCCCGCGAGUCGGCUGAGCAGGCAGUGACAAGACUCGAAUCUGCUACGCUGCAGCUGCAGCAAAGUCACGACAAGGGGCAGGCAGCGGAGAGGCGGCUGACGGAGAUGUCUGAAGCGCUUAAGCAGGAGCGAGAGCGCGCUGGCCAGGAACGCGAGAGGAUGUCCCUGCAGCUGAGUACCCUUCAGACACAAACAGCAGAGCAGCAGCGCGAGGCUGAGCGCAUGCAGCGGAAGAUGGAGGCAGGCACAGCGGAGCUUAAAGUCUGCCACGCAGCCGUGGCCGCCGCGAAGGAAGAAGGGCUCCGCGGCGCUGCAGAGCUAAAGGAGAGGCUCUCGCUGGUGACGGCGGAGCGGGAUCGAGAACGGGGGGACCGUGAGCGUAUCGUUUUUGAGCUGAAAGAUGCGCAGAACCAGUUAAGCAUGCUACAGGAUCGGAGUAUUGACGAGAAAAAAAUGCUGGUGGUAAAAUUAGAUGAUGCCAACAUGAACAUUGAAAGGAUGCGAAUCCAGCUGAGGGAUAAGGAGCACGAACAGCAAGCACUCCUGUCUGCGCAGGAAAAACGGCUGCAGGAGGCCGAGUGGGCACACAAAAGUGAGCUGGCAGAAUGUAGAAAAAAGUUGGAGGGAGAAAUCAGCGAGCUUCGGCAGCGCCUAGAUUCUGCCAAUACUCGUAUGGCUGAGGAAAUAGCCAAUCAUAAGACACACCAACGCGAACUGGUGGCUUUGCAGGAGACUGUGAGGAGCAGCCGUGAGGAGGGUGAACGCCGGGCUGCAGAAGUGCGUGAGGCUGCGAGGGCUCUUGAGGAUGCAAGGCGCGAGGCAUCAUCAUUUCGUGAGAUGCUGGCGAAGCAACAACGACAAAUAGAUGCCGCGGCGGGGAGUGAAGCGAGGCUACGGCAAUCAACGGGGCAACUGGAGAGCGAUCGCGUGGCAGACGCUAAGAAAAACGAGUCACUCGAACGAGCCCUUGCAGAUGCUAAAGAGAGGCUUGGGGAGAAGUGCGACGAGGUUCUGGAGUUGAGACGGCAACUAAAGAGGGCGAAUGACGAAGAUACCAAAAGAGAAUCUGCGGAGCUGGUGGGGAGGCUGCGUGAGUCACAAGGGCGCGUGGAGCAGCUGCAGCGGGAGCAGGAACGUCUCCUCGCGUCUGUAGAGAAGCUGCAGGAGCGCCACAACGCCGCCGAGAAGGCGCAGCGUGAGGCCAACGAGGAGCUUAGCCGCGUCAACGCGGAGCUGCAGAAGAAGGCUAAAGAGUGCACACGGGUCGCACAGCACGCAAAGGAGGUGGAAGACCUUGCGCGACGGAGCUGCGAGGAGCUGGAGCGAGACCUUACCCGUCGUGACGCCACCAUCGCGUCGCUCCAACAGGAGGUCCCGCACCUUUUGGAAGAGCGCGCAAAGGUGGUGGUGCUCGAGGAGCGUCUAACUCACCAAGCUGAUAUAAACCGCCGUGACACAGAGGCACUACAGGGCCGCAUUGCACUGCUCGAGAAGGAACUCGAUGCGCGUGAAGCGCAACUGCAGCAGCAGGUGGCAGAAACUGAUAGUAUCGCCUCGCAGCUGCGUCCCAUGCAGGACCGUGCUGGUGCGCUAGAGGAGAUGGUGAGGCAGAAGGAGAAGAAACAUGCUCUGCGCAAGGAGGCAUUGCGCAAAGCGCUUGAGCAAGUUGAUGUCGCAGCCGCGCGCGCAGCAGAAGCCGAGAGCGAGUUGGCAAAGAUAAAGGCCUCGCGCGAGAAAAGUUCCGACGCAUGUAAAGCCGAGACACAGCGGCUACAAGAACGACUUCGGGUGGCACUUGAGGCGCAGCAUGCCGCUGAGACACGACUGACUGCACAGGAGGUGGCGCUUGCAGAGGCGAUGCGGACUGCGACCAGCAGCCAGCAGGCGAUGCAGGAGCAGCAGAGCAUUUGCGUCGCCAAACACGCGGAAGAGCUUCGAGGGGCAAUUGAGCGUGCAAACAUGUUGGGUCGAGAAACGGUGCAGGCGAAAGAAGCACUGCGCGCUGCGGAGGUGGAAAAGGAAGAGGCGUUACAAUAUGCGAGGAAUGCGCAUCGUAGGAUGGCUACCUCGUAUAGUCGUCUUGUCACAAACUUUGCAGAAGAGGCGAUGAUAACGAAGGAGAUGUUUGGAGACUUCGCAAUCGCGGUCGUCACGCGCUCGUUCCACCAGCUAGGGAGGGUCGCCCAUAACGGCUGGGACCUCGCUGUAUCGUUUAAACAGCAUUGUGGCGAGGAGCUGCAGCAACAGCAAGUGAAGUUGCGGCGUGAGCUUGAUGAAUUGAAGCGGACCCAUGCUGACGAAAUGCAGGCGGUGCUCGAAGAACGGAACAAGGAGCUUUCGAAGGCGGCGCUGCAGCACGGCAGCGACAUUGCGCAACUACGACAGGAGAUUGUGGAGGUGGCGUCGCGAGCCACACGCGAAGGGGAGGCGACAAUGAAAGAAUACCGCCGCAAGGAGGAGCAGUUUCACCGCGACCGAACAGAGUUGGAGUGCGCCAAACUGGAGAUCGCUCACCAGGCGGACCAGAUCGCUGCGCUAAAAGAACAACUUCGCUCCUUUGAACAGAGAUCAGAGGCGGAACGUUCAGCCCUCGACCAGGAGAAGCGGUCGCUGGAGCAGCAACGGGAGCGUAUCCGCCGCCGGCUCGAUGACUGCACGGUAGAGCAGAACCAGAGCGAAGUGGAGGUGCGCGAGCUGCGCAGUGAAUUGUCGGCUCUUCAGCAGGUUCUGCAGGAAAAGGAAAGCGCGCUAGCUAGUGAGCGUGAGAGAACACGUGAGGAGAACCGCCGGCUGGCCACACUCACCGCCGCGAAGGAAACGCUGCACAACCAAGUCGAGGAGAAUCGCCGGCAGAUGCAGCUGCUGCAGCAGCAGUUGUCAGCUGCCCGCCAAGGUGCACAACAGACAGGACACACGGCCGCAGCACAGCAGAGUCGAAUGGAAGAGCGCAUCGCCGAGCUUACGAGGGCCCUCAAUGCGCUCGAGUUGGAGAAGCGGCGUCUUGAACGCCAGGUGCGCAACGAUGAGAAGAAAAUUGGCGUUUUCGAAAAGGAGAUUGCAGAGUCACGCAAGCGAGAGGCGGAGCUGUCGAGCCAAUUGCAGGCACGCAAGGUAGAGAAUUCGGCGCUGAAAGAGCGGUGCGCAAACCUCGAGUCACUGAAGAACAUAGCAGAGGUCACCCUCGCGGAGACGAGACUACGGGAGAAGGACCUCGUUGAGAAGAUGGAGGAAAUGCGCAGCGCACAACAGCUGAUGCAGCUCUGCUUCGACAAACAGCAGGAACAACUGGAGGUGGGUCGGAGAAUGCACGAGCAUGACGUGAACCGCAGCGGUUUCUUAUACAAGGACAGUCACUAG